CAUCCUUCAAGUUCCUUCAAAACGUCGCAGUCACUCGGUGAGUAGGAGAGAGAGAGAGAGAGAGAAUGAGAGACUUGUUUGUUUGUGUUAAUUGAAUUGGACGCACCAUGCAAUUCUUCGCUACUUUCUGCUGAGAAAGUCGCAAUCUGAAAAUGUGGAAGCUGAAGAUUGCGGAGGGAGGGAGUCCAUGGCUGCGUACACUCAAAAACAAUGUGGGCAGGCAAGUCUGGGAGUUCGAUCCCAAGCUCGGUACCCCCGAAGAGCUCCUCGAGAUCGAGAGAGCUCGCGAGAACUACAGUAAUAAUCGGUUCGUUAAGAAGCACAGCUCCGAUUUGCUCAUGCGCAUUCAGUUUUCCAAGGAGAACCCAGUUCCUGCUGUUUUACCCCAGGUCAAAGUAAAAGACACAGAAGAUGUGACUGAGAAGACAGUGACAAAUACAUUAAAAAGGGGUAUAAGUUACCAUUCAACACUUCAAGCCCAUGAUGGACAUUGGCCUGGGGACUAUGGAGGUCCUAUGUUUCUACUCCCGGGCCUGGUAAUUGCUUUGUCUAUCACUGGGGCAUUGAAUGCAGUCUUAUCAGAUGAGCAUAAGAAGGAGAUCUGUCGAUACCUCUACAAUCAUCAGAAUAAAGAUGGUGGGUGGGGCUUGCACAUUGAGGGCCCAAGUACUAUGUUUGGCAGUGUCUUGACAUAUGUUACUUUAAGGUUGCUUGGUGAAGGAAAUAAAGAUGGACAAGGAGCCAUGGAGAGUGGGCGUAGGUGGAUUCUGGACCAUGGUGGUGCUACUGCAAUUACAUCGUGGGGGAAAAUGUGGUUAUCAGUACUUGGAGCAUUUGAAUGGUCUGGCAAUAAUCCCCUGCCCCCUGAGAUAUGGCUUCUUCCAUAUAUGCUCCCAAUUCAUCCAGGAAGGAUGUGGUGUCACUGCAUGGUCUAUUUGCCAAUGUCAUACCUAUAUGGGAAGAGGUUUGUUGGCCCAAUCACACCAACAGUUUUGUCUUUGAGGAAAGAACUUUUUAAUGUCCCCUAUCAUGAAAUAGAUUGGAAUGAGGCACGCAACCAGUGUGCAAAGGAAGAUUUGUACUAUCCACACCCCCUUGUACAAGAUAUACUUUGGUCUUCUCUUCAUAUGGCUGUUGAACCAAUCUUAAUGCAUUGGCCUGGGAAGAAGUUGAGAGAAAAGGCUCUUCGCACUGCAAUUGAGCACAUACAUUAUGAAGAUGAGAAUACUCGUUAUAUUUGCAUUGGACCUGUGAAUAAGGUUUUAAAUAUGCUUUGCUGUUGGGCAGAAGAUCCGAAUUCAGAGGCUUUCAAGUUACAUAUUCCAAGAAUCUAUGAUUACCUAUGGAUUGCUGAAGAUGGCAUGAAAAUGCAGGGGUAUAAUGGAAGCCAGGCUUGGGACACUUCUUUUUCUGUUCAAGCAAUUAUCGCAACCAACCUUAUAGAAGAAUUUGGUUCAACUCUAAGAAAGGGACAUCAAUACAUAAAAGAUUCACAGGUUUUAGAAGAUUGCCCCGGUGAUCUUGACUAUUGGUAUCGCCACAUUUCAAAGGGUGCUUGGCCUUUCUCAACUGCUGAUCAUGGAUGGCCCAUCUCAGACUGCACAGCUGAAGGAUUGAAAGCUGUUCUAUCAUUAUCAAAAAUUCCAUCUGAAAUUGUUGGUGAACCACUAGAUGCAAACCGGCUUUACGAUGCUGUCAAUGUCAUACUCUCAUUACAGAAUAAUGACGGUGGUUUUGCAACAUAUGAGCUCACAAGAUCUUACAGUUGGUUGGAGUUGAUCAACCCUGCUGAAACCUUUGGUGACAUUGUAAUCGAUUAUCCUUAUGUUGAAUGCACCUCAGCUUCUAUUCAAGCUCUGGAAUCAUUUAAGAAAUUAUAUCCUUGUCAUCGGCGAGAAGAAAUAGAACACUGUAUCAAAAGAGCUGUUGAGUUUAUUGAAAAGAUACAAGCAUCUGAUGGUUCAUGGUAUGGUUCGUGGGGGGUUUGCUUCACUUAUGGUACAUGGUUUGGGGUAAAAGGGUUGGUGGCUGCUGGAAGGAACUACAACAAUAGUUCUAGCAUUCGGAAAGCUUGUGAUUUUCUGCUAUCAAAACAACUUACUUCUGGUGGGUGGUCAGAGAGUUAUCUAUCAUGUCAAAACAAGGUGUACACAAAUCUUGAGGGUGAUAGGUCUCACGUGGUCAAUACUGGAUGGGCCAUGUUGGCUCUUAUUGAUGGUGGCCAGGCUGAGAGAGACCCUACACCGUUGCACCGUGCGGCUAGAUUUUUGAUAAAUUCUCAAAUAGAGAAUGGAGAUUUUCCUCAAGAGGAAAUUAUGGGUGUCUUCAACAGGAACUGUAUGAUCACGUAUGCUGCAUACCGGAACAUAUUCCCUAUCUGGGCAUUGGGAGAAUACCGCUGUCGAGUGUUGCAGGCUUAGUGAGCUAACUCUGCCACUAAUUUGUGUGACAUUAUGCCUAUGUGUUUCACAUUUGGCUUGUCAUCAGGGGUGUGCUGGGGACCUUUGUUUUUGUUGGUGAGCAAGCGGCUUUCGGUGUCGGCUGUUUGAUGCUGCUAGGGUUUUCUUCGUUGCUUUUUAUGUUUUGGGCUAUUGGUUACUGCAGAGGUCCUUUUUUUUUUUCGUCUAUGUAUUAGUAUUUGGGCCUACUCUUAUACAAUAUAUUGUGUUGGUAAUAAAGUAACUUUUUACCAAAAAAAAAAAAAAGAAAA